AUGUACAGGAAACUAGUGGUGCUCCUGCUCCUCCUCCUGACCCACAGGUCUUGGGCGGGUCAGAUCCAGGAUGCUGCCGAGGAGGUCGAUGUGCCGCCUGCCCACCGGGCUGCACCACCACCGCAGGCAGCUGGAGCUGCUGCUCCCCCGCAGCCACUGGGGCCACCACCACCUGUGGGCUCUGCACCGCCGCCGAGCUUUCCUUUGUUCUACCCAGCUGCGUGGCUGCCAUUCGGACGCUUCAGCGCCUCCAUUCCCCUCCAGCCGGUGGCUGCCUGA